AUGGUGACUUCUACUGAAUACGAUGAUUCGCUCAAGGCGUUUAUCCAAUUAUGCUCUGAACGUGAUCUUUUGACUCAGGCUGAGGGCCUUGAAGAUGGAGAUCUCGACGACGGAAUAUCAGACCCAUUCACUCUCUUGUAUGUUGGUGUUACACCCUUGCCUCCUUGCUUUGCUCUUUUUGGUGUUCACAUCAAUAGACGGUUCUUGACAGCCCGCGGAUUCAAUGUCGACGCUGCCUUCAAGCAGUUCGAUGAAGCAUCACAAUUUCGCCGAGAGAAGCACAUCGUCAGACUUUACGACAUAGUGGAGAUUACCGAUUUUGAGCAAGCUCGUCAAUUCUACCCACAUUGGACAGGUCGCAGAGACAGAAGGGGUUUACCGAUAUGCAUGUUUGAUCUUUCUUGUCUCGAUAAAAAGAAUCUAGCGUGCUGGGAACAGACACGCCAUACAGCAAGCUGGUCAGAUUCACAGUAUAAGGCAAACAUGCCACCAAAGCCCGAUAUGUUGCAGCUGGCCUCUGUCUACCAUGACAGUUUGACUCGCCUAGUCUUUCCUCUCUGCUCUAUGAUGACUGACAGGCCGAAUCCUUCGCUACCAAUAACUAGCUCCAUAUACCUUGUGGACGCAUCAGACCUAGGAUUAAAGCAGGGUUGGAGCUUGAAAUACUUUGCCAAAAGCAUCAGUUGGUUGCUAUCAACAUGUUAUCCGGAAACCAUCCAGCGUGUCUAUGUGUGUAACGCUCCCUCGUAUUUUUCUACGAUCUGGAAAUACUUAAAAUCAUGGGUCGACAAGAAUACAGCAGAAAAGAUCGUGGUGCUGAGUAGCCCGGAAGUUUUGCCCGCCCUUGAGGAGUACAUCGAUGAUACGAACAUCCCAACUGCAUUUGGCGGUGGCUUCUCCUUCAAACAUGGAAUGCUCCCUGAGCUAGAUCAUAAUAUAUGGCAGCAUUUUAGCUGGAAACUCCCAAGUCGCUCACUGCCUCCUGGGCCCAUCAAGUGGACCGAGGAUGCGGAUGGCAGGAAGAUCGCAAUAGCGGUUGGUGGCCAAGCAGGGUCUAAGAGAUCUGAAAAAAUUGCAAUUUUAGAUAUUAUCAAUGAAUGA